CCCUCGAUACUGCCGGCAGCAGCCUACUCUCUUUCUCGGACCCAGGGGCUAUAUCGUCACGGGGACACAAAUCAUUUCGCUUCAUUGUGCGCUGCUGGAUGCACGAGCCCCGAGCCGCUGCUGCUCUCGAGCUGCUCCCGCAGAACCGAGCCGACGUCCAACCUGGUCAACACGCGUGCGAGAGAUAGAGCCGUCAACGAGCAAGCCGACGCCUUCGAUUCCUGUGCGCGAACAGUGCUUCCUAGUUCCAUGUGUCCGUAGUGUGUGAAAAUUGUGCGCAGUGUGCCUCAGGAACUCGAAACUCCACCAAAAUGACGAGCUCGGUCUACUACCCGAGCAGCGACGCCGGCUACUGGCCCUGCAACUACUCGAUGCAGGACGUGUCGAGCUACCAGCAACAGCAGCAGCCCAACUACCUCCAGGAGCCGUAUCAGCAGUCCUACAACCCCUACGUCCAGCAGCAGCAGCAGAUUCUUCCUCAGCAUUACUCCCAACAGCAGCGAUCUCCAACCGAGAUAGUGACUCGUCAGCCGAGUCCACCGUACGUUGCGCAGCCGAAACCCGAGCCAGAGACAAGCCCACCAAACUCGAGUCUCCUGGAGUCGCUCCUCCGUCACGGAAAGGAAGCCGUGCCGGGGAACUACGUGAACAGUGCCGUGAAGACGAAAACGUCGCCAGUUACAAUGUCAGACCCCACGCUCUCGACGUACAUCCCGUGCCAGACGCCCCCGUACACGCCAGGAUCGUCCUCGUCGGACAGAACGUCGCCGAUGACGUCGAUUCUCGGGGACUCGCAGGAUCGCUUCCCCUGUGCAGCCCAGCAGUCCUCCUCCGUGGCGGCGGCAGGUUUGAAUUACCCGCAGCAGAGCUAUCCCGGCUACGCGCAUGCGCAGAGCGCUUCUGGCUACGGAGCGUUGCACGCUACUUCGCCGGUCUCGCCCAAUGCUUCUACGUUCGAGGGACACGGCUCGACUUAUGCGAACCCCUAUGGGAAUAAUAACAACAACGUUGUCAAGAAGAACGCUCGCGAUGGCAGCGAGUACGAAGACGAACCGAUGCCGACGGAUUUUCCCUGGAUGAAAUCGAACUAUGGAUCUUGUGCAUUAGACGUGAAACGCUCAGGUCAGAAGCGCACGCGGCAGACGUACACUCGCUACCAGACCCUGGAGCUGGAAAAGGAGUUCCACUUCUGUCGCUAUCUGUCUCGCAAGCGGCGCGUCGAAAUCGCGCACUCACUCGGCCUGACCGAGCGCCAGAUCAAGAUCUGGUUUCAGAACAGGCGCAUGAAGGCCAAGAAGGACAGCAAACUCGGUUUGAGCUCUCCUGAUAACCUCGGCGAAGACGCGUUGAACCCUGGCCUCGUCUCCACCCCCAACGAUCAGACUCCGUCGGUAAUGAACACCACCACCACCACCACCACCAGCGCGAUGCCCCAGAGUAACAGUCUUCCUGAGCAGCAGCAGCAGCAGCAGCAGCUCUAUCAGGACUGUCAACUCCAGCGGAUGCACCACGGCUACAUGAACUAUCAGCAGCAUCAGCUUCACCAACAGCAUCAACUCCCUCACCAGCUCCAGCAUCACGGCUACAUCGACGCCGAUUACCAGAGGGUUUACAAGCAUCAGCAAGCGGCGAAGCUUGAGCUUCAUACCGGCUCGUGAAACGGGAAUUCCGAGCAGCUGACCCCGGUCUCGCUGCGAGUGGCCGGGGCACAGCACCGCCAUCGAUGAUUUAUGGCCGGGGCCCAAGCAGCCCACGCCAGGUAGAAGCGCGCGCGCGCGUGCGUACGGCCUUUUUCUCUCUCCCACUCUCUCUCUCUCUCGCUUCGUAUAUUUAUCGUUAUGGAACUUGCGUGCGUAGGCGCCUUUCUUCGCAAGUCCUCGAAUUAUUUCUGCGUUAUACUCGGCGCUUCGUAGAUUUUUGCGUACGUCAUUCCGAAAAUAUUUUGACGCGAGUCGUUGCGCCGGUGUUAUGGAUUAUCGAAAGGAGCGCGGUGACGUUGGGAUUUUCUCUUCGAGUUUACCACGAAAGAGUGUAGAGGCUCGUGUGAAUGGGAAAGGCUAAUGGCUGUUGGGGGAGUGAGAGUUUUCACGCGUUUUUGGAGAAUCAUUGAGAAACGUUUCUGGGAAUGUAAUUCAUUAAUAUGAAAUUUUAAAGCCAUCGCGUUGAUGCUUGCUCGCGAAAAUAUUGAUAAAAAAUUAAAAAUUUGUUUGAUAAAAUAUUUGCUCUUACGUAAUCGAAAAAAAUCAACAAACGCUCGAAAAAUAAGAAAAAGUCCUUUAUUCAUUUAUCGAUAUCACAAAGAUCUCAGCGGGCAAGCGAUCUCAUAAAAGUUGCCUCUUGUUCCGAAAAAGAAGGGAAGCGCGCUGCAUUCGGGGCGGUUGGAAGUUUGAGGGGUUGCCGCGAAGGGGAACCUCGGGGUGGGGGUCUCCAGCGCGCAGCUGCACGCUAUGCCUACCUAGCUCUCUAGCAACACGUCAGGGAAAGAAGAUGGCCGUGGGUCGCGAGCGCGCGUCGCGUGGUUUUCGUCGUUAGUUAGGGUUUUUCGAGCGAAAUUCGAAUUUUGCAUUAGAAUUAAACGUGCGUGAAUCGCUGGCGGUGGUGUAAUCGACGAGUGUCUUAGUUCAUAGUAUUGCACUCGGCCAAAAAUUUUUUAUUCGUGUACAGGAAAAUAAUUCAAGUGAGUUGAGCAACGAUUGCGAAU